CGGCGGCGGCGGCGGGGCAGGUCUCCCAUGGCUAAGCCAGAGCCGGAGCUGGUGCUGGAGCAGGCGGAGGAGAUGGAGGUGCCAGCUUGUGCCAGUUCAGCACAGCUGGUGGUCCCCAAGGCCGAGGAGAUGGCUGAGGGUGACAGCGCAGAGCUGGGGGCUGCCAGGGAGCUGGGGGGCCUGGAGCUCAGCUGUUCAGAGGACUGGCUGGUGAGGAAGGUGAAGGUGAAAGAGGAGGAUGAAGAGUGGACGGAUGGCCCCAGCACAGAGACCCUGCUGGGGGGGCAGCCCGCAGAUGGUGCCUUCCCCCACACCGCGGGCACGCCAGACUGCGCUGGUGGCUGCGCCUGCAAACCAGAGCCGUUGCUCCCGGAGGAGCUGGGCUACGGCACACUGCCCACCUUUACCCUGCCACCAUGGCCGCUCCUGGGCCAGAGCCCUGCCAGUGCUGACAGCUGUGAACGCUGCUGCCAGGCACGGCUCUGCCCAGGGCUGCCAGCGGGUGAUGGCUAUGGCAACGAUGGCAAGCCCCAGCCCCACGGGUGCUGCAGGACACCAGCCCCAGAGCGGCCCUUUGCCUGUGCGCAGUGCGGGAAGGGCUUCGGGAAGAAGGCUCACCUGACGCGGCACCUGCGGGUGCACACUGGCGAGCGGCCCUAUCCCUGUGGGCAGUGCGGCCGCCGCUUCCGGCAGAAGAUCCACCUGCGCUCGCACCAGAAGACGCACACGGGCGAGCGGCCCUUCCCCUGCCCUGAAUGCGGCCGCAGCUUCCGCAAGAAGACCCACCUGGUGCGGCACCACCGCACGCACACGGGCGAGCGGCCCUUCCCCUGCGCCCGCUGCGGCCGCCGCUUCGCGCACAAGCAGCACCUCCUGCGGCACCAGCGCCUGCACGACAAGCCGGUGGAGACAGCGGACAGCGAGGGGGUCCCGGCCGAGCAGAAGCCCUUCCCCUGCCCCGAGUGCGGGAAGAGCUUCAGCUGGAAGAAGAACCUGGCAUCGCACCGCCGGCUGCACCGCGAGGGACGGCCCUUCUCCUGCGCCGAGUGUGGCCGUGGCUUCGGCGACAAGCGGCACCUGACAGCACACCUGCGGGGGCACAUGGGGCUGAAGCCCUUUGCCUGCCCACACUGCGAGAAGACCUUCAGCCACAAGCCCAAUCUGGCCACGCACCAGCUGGCACACGCUGGCGAGCGGCCCUUCACCUGCCCACAGUGCGCCCGUGCCUUCGCCCUGCGCCAUCACCUCCUGCGGCACCUGCGGGUGCACACGGGCGAGCGGCCCUUUGCCUGCCCUCAGUGCGGCCGCCACUUCGGCUCCCAGACCAACCUCAUGGCACACGCCAAGGCACACGCCGGGGCCCGGCCCUUCGCCUGCGAGCUGUGUGGCCGCAGGUUCGGGCGCAAGUCACACUUGUCACGGCACCAGGCGGUGCACACCGGCACCCGGCCCCAUGCCUGUGCGCAGUGCAGCAAGCGCUUCAGCUCCAAGACCAACCUGGUGCGGCACCAGGCGGUGCACACCGGGCACCGGCCCUACAUCUGUACCCACUGCGGCAAGAGCUUCAGCCGCAAGACGCACCUCCUGCGCCAUGAGCGCACGCACGCCACUGCCGGCACCACCGCUGCCAACAGUGUGCCACAGCAGAGCUGGACAGCACCCGCUGUGCCAGCAUCCACCACCAUCUGUCCAUGAGGACUGGGGGACCAGUGCUGAGAUGGGGAUGGUGGGGUGCGAUCAGCAGGAUGUGCUGGGGACUAUGUGCUGGGACACGGUGAGAUGUGCCGGGGUCCCUGGAAGCUGUGCCAGGAUGUGCCAGAUGGGCAGAAGGCCAAGUGCCAGGACAUGCCAGGGACUCUGGGGGCUGAGCACUGGGCAUGCUGAGAUAUGACAGGAUGUGCCAUGGUUCCCAAAGGCUGAGCACCAUGAUGUGCCAGGAGCAGAGUAUUUGGACAUGCUGGGGUCCCUGGGCACCAGGAUAUGCUGGGACAUGCCAGGACAUGCGGAGUCCGUGGGGACUGAGCACUGGGGUGUGCAGGGGUCAAGAACUGAGGUGUGUUGGGGAAUUCUGAAGGCCAAGCACUGGAAUAUGCUGGGACAUUCCAGGGAUCCUGGCGGUUCCCAGCAAUGCAUCCUCAGUACCGUCCCUAGGCUGGCGACCCCCCCCCCAGCUCCUGCCCGCAGCCCCCAGCCAGGCCCCAUCCUCCGGUGCCGGUUGGCUCCGGUGCCGUUCCCUAUUGGAACCGGCAGCUCAGCGCAUGGCUCCAGGGGCACCGUGGCUCUGAAGCGGCGGGUGGGGGGAACCAUCCAGACCCGCAAUAAACCGGAUCUGCUCCAGCGUCCCACGGUCGG